AUGCAGGAGAACGCCUCUGAGCCGCCGCAGUCGCUCUCUCAGCUCUUAAGGGAAAGCUACUUGGCGGAGGCGCGUGCCCAGCAGCGCCACAGCGAGAUGAGCCGCUCGGACGCCUCAUCGGCACGUCUUCAGAUUUUCGGCUCGCUCAAAGGAAAGGCUGAGGACUCUGCGGGCCUUCAUGAGAGCCAUUUGCCGGACCUGUCAGCCUUCCUCAGCCAGGAAGAGCUGGACCAGAGCGUUAACUUGGCUCGACAGGCCAUCGGACAUGAACAUGAGCCCCGCGAGGAGAGGUCCGAGGUCAAAGUCACUCCAUCAGCCUCCUCAGCGUCCAUGUCUGCGUCUGUCCACGCCACUAAAUCUUCUCCUGCUCCUUACGUGUCCUGCACACGACCAGCUGAGCCGCCAGCCACCAAACCAAGUGUCCUUACAGCAGACAGAAAGUCGCAGAAAGCCGCCAACGUGGUGAAGAACAGUGGUGAAGGCCUCAACCACGUCAACAAGUCAGCAAGGAACGCCCCGUAUGGGAUGGAGACCCAGUCCAAGAAGGAGUUCCUCAACAAGGCAGCAGACUUCAUCGAGGAACUCUCUUCUCUCUUCAAGGCCAACAGCUCCAAGCGAGUGCGACCGAGAGCCUGCAAAGCCCACAGGAGUCGGAAUCAGAGCAAGGGCCAAAACGAUGACACGGUUUAUUCCGCCAGCUCAGAGAGCAGGGAGCGCUCGGUUAUGUCUGGGAAGACGACGGACGACGGGCCCGGUCCUGCUGUCAGCCACCAGCCGGAGGUCCAGCUGGACUCUGGGAUCGGUCGUGUGGAUUUCCAGGAUGCCAGGAUUACCGAGGAGCAGCAAAUCGACCUCAAAGAGGUGGAGGUGGCUGAAAGCUGCAUUUUGCCACCAUCAUCCUACUCCGAGGAGCCAGCCAGUGAGCCUCCUCACUUUAUCCAGAAACUGAAAAGCAGAGAAGUUCUGGAGGGCAUCAAAGUCCAGUUAGACUGCAUCGUCAGAGGACACCCAGCACCUGAAGUCAGGUGGUUCUGUGAGGGCAAGGAGUUGGAGAACAGCCCUGACAUUCAGAUCAUCAACAAUGGCGAGCUGCACUCUCUGAUCAUCACAGAGGCUUUUGAGGAAGACACCGGACGUUACUCCUGCUUUGCGUCCAACUUCUACGGCACCGACUCCACGUCAGCUGAGAUCUACAUUGAAGGUGUGUCUUCUUCAGAAUCCGAUGGGGAACAGCAAUCAGAGAAUCUAGCCCGCCUGCAGAAGAAACACCCAAAGUCGACUCCAUCACCAAGCCAAAGCUCCACAGAACUCACAGAGUCUUUAGCAUAUCAAACCCCAGAACAAACUGAGGAGCCAUUGGAGGAGCUCAGCACUGUCCCAGUCCUGGUUCAGACGGCAGCCACCUCCCCUCCAGGCGCAGAAGCAAAUCCAGAAGCGGGUGACACAACAAUAUUACCCGUGCAAGUGUUUGCUACGUCACCGCCAGCAGACCUCACAGAGGGCCAGCUGCAGUCAGGGGCUACUACGUCUCUCACGUCCACAACGCCAGGGCAGACCACAGAAUCACCGCAGCCUUUCGAGCCUGUGCUCUCAUCUGUGCUGCCGCCUCACGCAGCUCCAACGCAAGCGUCCCAACCUGAGAGUCAAACGUCCAGUCUGCAAGAGUUAAACGAACAACCCGGCAUGGCUGCUCCUGUUUUCACAAAGAGACUGCAGGACCUGGUGGCGUCAGAAGGUCAUCUGGUGGUGCUAGAGUGCCGUGUGAAGGGAGUGCCAUCACCCAGAGUGGACUGGUACAAAGAAGCAAAACUAAUUGAGGACUCUCCUGACUUCAGGAUCCUGCAGAAAAAGCCCAGAUCUCCAGCGGAACCAGAAGAAAUAUGUACGUUGGUCAUCGCUGAGGUGUUAUCUGAGGAUUCGGGGAUGUUUACGUGCACGGCAAGCAACUGCUAUGGAAUAACGUCCAGUGACGCAGAGCUGAAGAUCAAAGGCAAUGGUGGUAACAACCAUGCAAUUCGGCCUUUUUGCACUUUAACUGUGGAGCCCAGUCGAGUCCAAGAACCUUCCGCAUCAGAUCUCACCUCCCCGCCUGUAAAACCUCACACGGACCUUAUUUUAACUAAUAACAUCAAGCCUCACUCCAGCACCAUCCGCCUGGAUCCACUUGUCAACAGCACUUUACGUCUGGAUCCGUUAAACACCAGCACACUUCGUCUGCACCCCAACAGCUCCAUUAUGCUGCGUCCAGACCCUUCUUGUGCCAGCCUACCUGGCUUGGACCCCAACAGCCUCAACGCUCGCAGCGUUAGCACCCCUAACUUAGACCCGUUCGGCUUCCACCAGGAGGCACCACAGAGUCCAAGACAGCCCAAACCCUUCACUUCCAUACCUUUGGUCGAUCAGGAGGUGUCCAGACCGGCACCUGACAAAAGCCCCAAUCUCAAAGCACCUCUAAACAGUCCUGAAACUUUUGUUACGGUGCCCCUCCCUGACCCACCUCCAAACUCCUGCCUGAAGUCGGGCGUCUUUACAAACCCCAAAGAGUUACGUUCUAGCUCCAAAGUCGGUCUGCGUGUACAUUUCAGACUCCCUGAAGAAGAGGAGAAUGAGCAAAGUGACAUGUCUGCUCCACUUGAUGAAGAGACUUCUGGUGACUUGUUCGACAAAGGACCCCCACCAGUGCUGACAAAACCCAGACUGGAUCCUGCUCAGCUGCAGAUCCUUCACAACCAAGUUCUCCUGGAGCAGCAGCAGGACGGCGAGCCCCCGACUCAAACCCACAAUCAGCCUUCACUCCAGGUUAAGCCAGCAGAAGCUUGUGAGGGUCCUCCCUGGUCCCAAAGAGAAAACCGUGAUUCCCAUGCGCCCUAUCGUAACACCACCUCGCAGAUGACACCUAAAUCUACACCUACACCUGCGAUCAACAUUGCUGCACCUCCAUCCAUCUCCUCCCUGGUGACGUCCCCUCCACCUAUCCCACGCUUCGGCGCAACCCCGCCUGUCAAUGCAGCACCUUUGACCCAGAUGAACACCAUCCACGCCUCCCAUCUCAACCUGUCCGCAGCGGUUCUAGCCAGAAGUGCACCGACCCCACAAUUCUUCCCCCAGCCGGCGUCCAACGCCAGUCCGAGCUCAAGAGAUCCAACGCCGGCCUCCCAACAGCACAUCGUGUCACCAGCCGCCCUGCUGAGAAGCACCCACGCCUCUCUCAUGAACCUGACUCCCACCUCGCAGACCUUCAACUACACCCGCCCUAAAGAGUUCAUCACUGCUCAGACCGUCAGGAGUCUCUCGCCAACACAAUCCCCUGUCCCGCUUCUCCAUGAGCUCGCAGCUGAGCUCAACUCCACGGCGGCCAGCUCGCAAACGCUCCCGCCAUUCUCUCCCCCAGUUAGAACCUUCCACACAAGAGUGCUGCAAUCCCCUACCAGUCCGCCGUCACUCGUAUCCUCACCCACGCCGGGCUUUAGUAGCGCGUACGCCUUCAGGGCCCAAUCGCCUCCCCAGGCCUCCUCCCCCACCUCCAGCAGCUCCACCCCAAGCCCCAUCCAGAACCCAGUGGCUUUCCUGAGCUCCAUCCUGCCUUCCCUGACCUCGUAUCAGCCCACAAACUCCAUGGGCCUUCCCAGAGGAGCUCCUUUAGGGUUGAACAAGAAGGUACCGAAGACGCGUCUUCCGACGACUGAGAGCAUUCGCGAGAGCAAAGAAGCUCUUCUUCAUGAUAUUGAGAAAAAACUGCAAACUAAAGAUGAUCUUCCCCUUUUUGCCCACCAACAGAAGCUGAGUAAUGAGGGGAAAACAGCCCGCAGACGCCUUGUUGGACCAAACAUUCCAGCUACUGUCAUUAACUAUGAUGAGGAGUACAAAGUUUCCAAUUUUGAGCAGAGAUUAAUGAGCGAGAUCGAGUUCCGCUUAGAGCGAACGCCCGUGGAGGAGUCGGACGACGAGGUGCAACAUGACGACGUCCCCUGCGGGAAAUGCAUCGCGCCCAUCUUUGACAAGAAACUCAAGAACUUCAAAGCCAUGGAGGGCGUGCCUGUCACUUUCUCCUGUAAAGUUGUUGGCAUCCCCAUUCCAAAGGUGUACUGGUUCAAGGACGGCAAGCAGAUCUUGAGGAAGAAUGUCCAUUACAAGAAGAUAAGAGAAGGUGAUGGUACGUGUGCUUUACACAUAGAGUCUACAAUCGCUGACGAUGACGGAAACUACACCAUUAUGGCAGCAAAUCCACAGGGACGAAUCAGCUGUUCGGGUCAUUUGAUAGUCCAAACAGGACCACCCCGAAGUCGCCUGACCCCCAUUAACUCUCAGAGGGUGCGAUCUCGCAUCCAGGAAGUUGAAGGGGAGAAAACCCAGGAGCAUAUUUUCCGGCCGCACUUCCUCCAGGCUCCAGCAGACACGACGGUACACGAGGGGAGGGUCUGCAGACUCGACUGUAAGGUGAGUGGCCUGCCCAACCCUGAGCUCAUGUGGUUGGUGAACGGUAGGCCCAUCUAUCCAGACCUCUACCACAAGAUGCUGGUGCGGGAAAACGGCAUCCACUCCUUGGUCAUUGACCCCCUGACACAGAAUGACGCUGGCACCUACACCUGCAUUGCAAGCAACAAAGCAGGGCAGGCCUCGUUCAAUCUCGAGCUCCAAGUUGUGGAAAAACAGAUGAAACAACCUCCUCAGUUUAUGGAGAAGCUGCAAAACGUGGGGAUUCCCGAGGGGAGCCCCGUUAGGCUCGAGUGUCGGGUGAAGGGCAUGCCACAACCCAUUAUUUUCUGGAAAAAGGACAAUGACACCAUACCCAGAACAAAGAGCAGAAUGAGCAUGCAACAGGAGACCACAGGAUACGUGUGUCUCCUCAUCCAGCCAACCGCCAAAGAGGAUGCUGGCUGGUACACCGUGUCGGCCAAGAACGAGUCCGGAAUUGCAUCGUGCACCUGCAGGCUGGACAUCUAUGCACAGUGGCACCAGAGCGUGCCUGCGCCCGUGAAGAAGACUCCACGCACGGGCAGCCGCUACGCCGUUCUGACAGGCCAAGGGCUGGACAUCAAGUCGACUUUCCCCACAUCGGUGACCGGCCCCUUCCUCUUCUCCAGUUCCCCUCCCGAGGCCACGCUGGAGAGCGACGAGCUGUAAAGCAGCGUCUCCUGAUGAUGGCAGGUCGUCACGGCGUGUGUGUGAUGCGUUUGACGUGAGGCACUCAGAGAAAAGGGUGAUUGUGAAACAACACCGUGUCGCCAUUCCGGUUUAGUAAGGUCAUAUCACGAGUGUUUCACAACAGAUUUGCAAAGUCUUAACUCAUGAGCCAUCAAUGGAGUUUAAUUUGCCCUCCAAUUAUUAAAACAUUUUUUUUUUUUACAGUUGACAAAGUUCAUCAUUGAAUUAAAGUAUCUCAUCUUUAUUGGAAGCAGCGCCUUUAUUUUCCCUUGCCGACCCGUAAUUUAUAUUACAUUUAUACAAAGGCUUUUGAAAUAUGUUGUUUAGUCAAGUUUCUGCAUCAUUUCUGUAAAACUAUUCACCUUUUUGCACCGUGUUGUGAAUGCAUGUUGACGGCUACUGGUGUUUCAGAACACAUUCAUUUUGUUGAAACUGAGAAAGGAAGAACGUUUGUUUUGUAGUAAGGUGAGAGAUUUAAAAAAAAUGAUGGGCAAUGUCAUGAUUUAGUGCGUUUAAUAGUGAGUUUUAAAAUACAUAUAAUUUCCUGAUGUAAUGUUGCACACUGUAAAAUAGUUUUGU